UCUUUCUUUCUUAUCCAUCGUCCAGCUCAUGCCACUCCUUCAUAUACCCCUUUCACCUUUCUCUUUCCUUCUCAUCUAUCGUUCAGCCUAUGUCACUCCUUCAUAUACCCUUUUCACCUUUCUCUUUCUUUCUCAUCCAUCGUCCAGCCUAUGUCACUCCUUCCUAUACCCUUUUCACCUUUCUCUUUCCUUCUCAUCUAUCGUCCAGCCUAUGCCACUCCUUCCUAUACCCUUUUCACCUUUCUCUUUCCUUCUCAUCUAUCGUCCAGCGUAUGCCACUCCUUCAUAUACCCCUUUCACCUUUCACCUUUCUCUUUCCUUUCGUCCAGCCUAUGUCGCUCCUUCAUCUACCCUUUCCACCUUUCUCUUUCCUUCUCCGCUUCAUAUACCCUCUUCAUCUUUCUUUCCUAAUUCUCUCUUCAUAUUUAUUGUUCGACCCACGUCACCCCUUCAUAUACCCUUUUCACCUUUUUCUUGGCCCUCCGACAUCUAUCUCUUCCUCAAUCCUCAAGUCCACCAGCCGCUCUUGCCCUCUACCUCCCCCUUUCGCGCAUCACGGUUCACUAGCAGCUCCAUACCCAGUCUUUCGACAUCUUGCGCUUCUUCUCUGCCCCGGGGGCUUACACCCAUUCGUGCGUACUACGGUAUACACGCAACUCCAUACGCAACCUAUUCUAUUAUUACGACCUUUUCUCUGCCCGGAUACCCAUUCGAAGCGCGCACUACGUACACGCAGCUCUACACGCAGCCUAUUCCAUCCAGUCUGGUUCGUCUAUGACUCAUCUCAUCACACCCUUUAUGCCUUAUGACUUUACGACUUUACGACCUCAUGACCUCAUGACUUUACGACCCCCAUGCCACUUUUCCUUUAGUUUUUAUGCCACGCCACUAUUUCUAUGCCUUAUGCCUUAUGCCUUAUGCCCUAUGCCCCUUUUUCCUUUUGCCAUACUAUGCCCUGUCUUUAUACGAAAACAAGACUUGAAAUUUAAAUGUGUGCGCUUUAACAUCAGGGUGCUGCGUCAAAGCUA